GGCGACGUUCGUUGCUUCGUUUUGUUCAGUAGCGCAGGCGUUGCCCUUUGAAUGUUUGUUGUUUGUUUUCGUCCUCACCCUUCCAUGUAAAGAGUAAAUAGUAAGCACGCGUUUCGAGCGAUGCUCACGGAGGAGUAGUCGAUCCGGAUAUUCUCACCUAGAUUCAGUUUUACACAGUGUUACAAGAUAAUACGUUUGUAAGCUGCCGUACGAACUCGUGCCGCCCUGACCAGUGUUUGGAACCGGGACCUACGGUGCCGGUUUUCGACGAAUCGACAAAUCGAUCGAAACGGUCGACCGGUGAAGAAAGAAGCAUUGAAACUACAGUGUGAAUGAACGUGGACAACUAUUGAACAGAUAAGAUUAGUGACAUACUAAUACAAAACCAAUCAUGGAGGACGGCCAUUGCAAAACCGUGGAGGAGGUAGUAGGUUAUUUCAACGUUGACCCGGAGAAAGGAUUGUCUGGUGACCAGGUGAAGAGGAACCAGGAGAAAUAUGGUCUCAACGAAUUGCCAGCCGAAGAGGGAAAAUCCAUAUGGCAACUCGUGUUGGAACAGUUCGAUGACCUUCUAGUUAAGAUUCUUCUAUUAGCCGCUAUUAUUUCUUUUGUAUUAGCUUUAUUUGAAGAGCACGAAGAUGCUUUCACUGCCUUCGUCGAGCCCUUCGUUAUUUUGCUCAUCCUUAUCGCCAACGCCGUGGUCGGUGUCUGGCAAGAACGUAACGCCGAGUCUGCGAUCGAAGCGUUGAAGGAAUACGAGCCCGAGAUGGGUAAAGUUUUACGAACGGACAAGGCCGGUGUCCAAAGAAUUCGAGCCAAGGAGAUCGUGCCCGGGGACAUCGUCGAGGUGUCCGUCGGCGAUAAGAUCCCGGCCGAUAUUCGUCUCACCAAGAUCUACUCCACCACCCUCAGGAUCGAUCAGUCUAUCCUGACCGGUGAAUCGGUCUCGGUGAUCAAGCAUACCGAUCCCGUUCCUGAUCCACGUGCCGUCAACCAGGACAAGAAGAACAUCUUGUUCUCUGGUACCAAUGUCGCCGCCGGCAAAGCUCGCGGUGUUGUCAUUGGAACCGGCUUGAACACCGCUAUUGGUAAGAUCCGUACCGAGAUGUCGGAGACCGAGGAAAUCAAAACACCCCUGCAGCAGAAACUCGACGAGUUCGGCGAGCAAUUGUCGAAAGUAAUUUCCGUUAUUUGCGUUGCUGUCUGGGCUAUCAACAUCGGGCACUUCAACGACCCCGCCCACGGUGGAUCUUGGAUCAAGGGAGCUAUCUACUAUUUCAAGAUUGCCGUUGCUCUUGCCGUAGCCGCUAUCCCCGAAGGUUUGCCAGCUGUAAUCACGACUUGCUUAGCUUUGGGAACUCGUCGUAUGGCCAAGAAGAACGCUAUUGUCCGAUCAUUGCCAUCCGUUGAAACUCUUGGUUGCACAUCUGUCAUUUGCUCAGACAAGACUGGUACUCUGACCACUAACCAGAUGUCUGUCAGCCGAAUGUUCAUCUUCGAGAAGAUUGAAGGUAACGAUAGCAGCUUCCAUGAGUUCGAGAUCACCGGAUCGACUUACGAGCCCAUCGGUGAAAUGUACUUAAAGGGGAAGAAGAUCAAGGGACAGGAGUACGAGACUCUUCACGAGAUUAGUACGAUUUGCAUCAUGUGCAAUGACUCUGCUAUCGAUUUCAACGAGUUCAAACAAGCAUUCGAGAAGGUCGGCGAAGCGACUGAGACUGCCCUGAUUGUGUUGGCUGAGAAGAUCAAUCCCUAUGGCGUGUCGAAAAGCGGACUGGACAGACGCAACACUGCUAUCGUUGUCAGGCAAGAUAUGGAGACCAAAUGGAAGAAAGAAUUCACUUUGGAGUUCUCUCGCGAUCGUAAAUCCAUGUCAUCUUACUGCACUCCUCUGAAACCAAGCAAAUUGGGCACUGGACCGAAGUUGUUCGUUAAGGGUGCGCCCGAGGGUGUCCUGGACAGGUGCACGCACGCUCGUGUUGGCUCCAACAAGGUUCCUCUUACUUCCACUCUGAAGAAUCGUAUCUUGGACUUGACUCGUCAAUACGGUACUGGCCGAGACACUCUCCGAUGCCUUGCCCUUGCCACUGCUGAUCAUCCGAUGAAGCCUGAUGACAUGGACCUUGGUGAUUCCUCGAAGUUCUACACAUACGAGAAGGACCUCACCUUUGUCGGUGUUGUUGGUAUGCUUGACCCACCCCGCAAGGAAGUAUUCGACUCCAUUUUGAGGUGUCGCGCCGCCGGUAUUCGAGUCAUUGUUAUUACUGGUGACAACAAGGCCACUGCUGAAGCUAUCUGCAGACGUAUUGGCGUCUUUGAGGAAGAUGAGGACACGACUGGCAAAUCAUACUCUGGACGUGAAUUUGAUGAUCUCUCCCCAGCUGAACAGAAGGCUGCCUGCGCCAGGGCUCGUCUAUUCUCUCGCGUGGAACCUGCUCACAAAUCUAAGAUCGUUGAGUACUUGCAGAGCAUGAACGAAAUCUCGGCUAUGACUGGUGACGGUGUCAAUGAUGCCCCAGCCUUGAAGAAAGCUGAAAUUGGUAUUGCUAUGGGAUCUGGAACUGCUGUAGCGAAAUCCGCAUCUGAGAUGGUGUUGGCGGACGACAACUUCUCUUCCAUUGUCGCUGCCGUUGAAGAAGGUCGUGCUAUCUAUAACAACAUGAAGCAGUUCAUCCGUUACCUUAUUUCUUCCAACAUUGGUGAAGUCGUGAGUAUAUUCUUGACUGCCGCUCUUGGUCUUCCCGAAGCCUUGAUCCCUGUACAGCUCUUGUGGGUCAACUUGGUCACUGAUGGUCUUCCAGCCACUGCUCUUGGUUUCAAUCCUCCUGACUUGGACAUCAUGAGCAAACCUCCCCGUAAAGCCGACGAAUCCCUUAUCUCGGGUUGGCUGUUCUUCCGCUAUCUGGCUAUUGGUGGAUACGUAGGUGCUGCUACUGUUGGGUCCGCUGCAUGGUGGUUCUUGUACAGUCCAAAUGGCCCACAGAUGAGCUACUACCAACUGACUCAUCACUUGGCGUGCUUGGGUGGUGGUGAAGAAUUCAAGGGCGUUAACUGCAAAAUAUUCACAGAUCCUCAUCCCAUGACAAUGGCUCUGUCUGUACUUGUAACCAUUGAAAUGUUAAACGCUAUGAACAGUUUAUCUGAGAAUCAAUCUCUCAUCACUAUGCCGCCCUGGUCUAACAUGUGGCUUAUUGCCUCUAUGGCUCUUUCUUUCACACUCCACUUUGUCAUCCUUUAUGUCGACGUACUUUCGUCUGUAUUCCAAGUUACCCCUCUAACGGCUGAAGAGUGGGUUACCGUUAUGAAGUUCUCCAUCCCAGUGGUACUUCUUGAUGAAACCCUGAAAUUCAUUGCCAGAAAGAUUACAGAUGGUGAGAAUCCCCUUUACACAGUGCAUUGGAUCGUUAUAAUGUGGGCUGUGUUCUUUGAACGAUGCAUUUUUCCCAUAUAGAACAUCCGUGAAACAAUAUUAGUCUAACAGACAAUGUUUUUCCUAUGGAAAACAUUUAUAAUUGAGUUCUCGGACUUGCAAUUGCAUUUAAACUAAAGUUCUUCCCCGUUACCCGGGAAGGUCGAGAUAAGUUAUUAACGAAGUGCGUUUAAGUGAGAUUUUAACCAGUUUGACUGUUGUGCAUGGUGUUAGUACAACCAUACAAAUUUGCCACCAAGGCCCACCAUGUCCACAUCACACCGUAUCCUGACAUCGCUCUACAAUCAUAUGGAUUUCAGUGGCUCCGAGUGAUAAAGACACCCAUCGUAAUCAAAACGAAUUGUGAUUGUUGAAUUAUUUUCUACGAGUGCCUUUUAAACAUUAACUUUCCUCUGCAAAAAAAUACCCGUUGAUGUUUUUCUAAUCUGAUAUGUUUAUACAUUAAUCCCCUCCAAUACUUGCAUGCUAUUUCAGCACAAUGCACAUUUAACUAUUAUGUUUCUUAGGUAGCUACUGACAAACCCUGGAAUUCCUCGUAUAGUUGUACUUACUGCUACAUACACGCUGACAUGUCUUAACGACGACUAAAAGAAAAACAGACGAAUAUUUUUUGCAAGUUUGCAGUAACCUUCGUAGAAGCCUCGUUUUUUAAUUGCAAAGUAAAGAGAUCAAAAAAAAAAUCUAAAAAUCAGUUAAUACCGUGACAGACGAGAUCCUCUAGCAUGUUAGUCCACAAUCUGUCAUAGUUCUAAUCCUGGGCACUUGACUUUAACGCACAUAUACAUAGCAGCUCAUUUAUACCUUUUUGAUUUAUUUACUAGGUGUCUUCAGCUACUCUAAUUUAUUAAUUUAUUAGACAUUCCUUUUAACUGCUUUCACUGUAGCUUAUUAAAAAUGGUAUAUUAAUUAAUUCUCAGCCUCAAGAGUGUCUGCUACAGUCAAGAGGUCAAAACUGGAACUGCCUGAUCCGUUGCUGAAAUUUCAAGACAAGCAUGCAUGAAGUUUGAAUUGAUAGAUCUCAUUUUGAACCCAUCUAUUUUGUCUUCCUUCCCAUAGACAUAAUGCAUGCACAACCGUGUUGUUAAUAUAUCCCUGAAAUUCAUCUCUUAGAACAAUCACUAUUGAUAAUUAACGAAUCUUUCCGUGCGCCAUAAAUCACAAAUCAAUGUCCUCGACAAUGCAUUUCGAUAACGAAAUAAGCAUACAUAGAAUUUACGCAAUUCGAUUCAGAUUUGAUUUAACCAUAACGAAACGCAACUAUUCAAAAACUAAAACGAAAUUUUCAAAUCCUGUGUUAUCAACGGGCACAGCAGAAUCACUUUAACAUCUUUGCACUCUCAUCGCAUCCACUUUGGUCUUUACAUGUAUCUUAUCUCUGUGUGACUUACAUGUCCAAUGAUCAAUGCCACACAAUAGAUUUUUAUAUACCACUAAUUUAUGGGUACGGAUUGCAAAGGCUCGUGUAUGUAAGUUAAGAAAAGGACAUUGAAAAUUGCUCGUUUCAAGCAGUCCGUAUCAUGUUACAUUAUAUCCCCCUUUCUCAUCCGUAUGGUGGUCUGAACACGAGAAUGCUCGGUUUAUAAAUAUAUCUUCGUUCCUACCAACAACAGCGCAGUUGGUUCAUAGAUUCCAAGCGAUUCGAAAGGUGAUAUCGGGUCUCUAAUGGUACAUCAAUUCUUUCCGCGGUAGUGUCACGUGACUGUACCUGAAAACAAAUAACUGUACCUAUUCCGAUCAAAGAGAGAGCACCUUCCUUUUGUACUUGUUCCUCCUUCUCAGUACUCUAUC